GACACCUUGCUCCGACCACGACAUCAUGAAGCGGACUGUCAAGUCGUCCAAAUCUCGCGGAGGAUGCCAGCGAUGCAAGUCAAAGCAUAUAAAAUGCGACGAGACGAAGCCUGCCUGCCAAAUAUGCAUCGCUCAAGGCGCCGAGUGUCCUGGAUAUACCAAGCAGUUACGAUGGUCAAGCAAGCAUGAGAUUCUGACUGGCCCGCCCCAGAAACGGCAGCGAACGUCACAAGAUACAUCGUUGAGCCCGACAAACAGCAAUGUACCUGAUGGUGAUCUUGUUCGACCACCAACCAGCGAUGGCGGUGAUCGAGCGUCUUAUCAAGCGCCAGUGGCGACCACCUUGGGAUUCAACGAUGACAGUGCCUUGGACAUGUAUGGCUGGCCAGAUAUGGAGCAGUAUGGGCUUGAGGACCUGACCUUCUCAACUCUAUUUCCGGGACCUUCACCUGAGGAAGCACAAGAUGCGCCUUUCGACACACAACCAUUCCUAGGCGGCAUAUAUGGCGGGCUAUCGCAGCUCAUUCCCAACGGCGUGGAACCCAUCAGUGGAAGCAGCAUGACUGCUUCGGGUAACGAUGCUAUCAAAGACGAUGCAGUCGCCAAGCAGCUGCCAACACCGCCACCGAAGGCUGACUCGUCCAGACCUGCCAGCUUGCUCAAGACCUUCUAUCGUUUAGCAGUGCCCAACAAGGUCCCCGGGUUCUCUGAAGACGAUCUUGUCAGCCACUACUUCAAUCAUGUCUGCGCAAUAUACUCUUGCUUCGAUUCUGAAGCCAACCAAUUCCGCACACUAGUUGCAGAACACUGCGCCACAUCAAGCACAGUCCGCUUUACCAUUGAAAGCAUGGCAAUCGGCCACCUUGCCAACUUCUACCCUCACAUCGCAGUCCUGGGAAAUGCGAAACGCGGUCGAGCGUGGAAAUCAUUACAACAAGAUCUUCAACUACUUCGCAAUGGCAAAAGCUCAAUAGACACCGUGCUGUUGAGUUUACUGUUACUGGGCGUGUCGUCUUCGUGGCACCAAGCUUCCAACCUCGGACUACAGUACCUCUUCAUCGCCCGGGAUCUAGUGCAAGUCAAACUCCAACGCAACGAGCACUCACCCCACGACGAAUUCCUUCUGGAUGCCAUCAUGUAUUGGGAAAUGCUUGCCAGCUUCAUCGACCCAGUUCCCAUGGCCGCGUUACAAGGUCUCAAAUCUCCCGACCUAGCGAUGCCCGUUCGUCAAGUGCCCAUCAACCCUCACCCAUGGACAGGUAUCAGCAGCGAAAUAUUCUUCGUCCUCGCCGAAGUUGGCCGCAUUCUACGUCGCCGUGUGCGAAAUGGUGUGCUAGGCACAGGAGAUGAAGAGUGGGCAACUCAUCUCGAGAAAUUGCUGUACACCUGGUCUCCUCCAGAAGCCUCUUCCAUCAACGAUCCUGGCGACAAACGCACACCACUUGCCGAUCUCAUCCUGAUCUCUCAGGCCUACCGCCUCGUAGGUCUCCUCGAGAUCUAUCGCGCGUUCCCCAACAUCUUUUGGCAAAGGACCAAAACUUCCUCGAUUUCAGACCUAUUGCCCGGACAUUCCUCUGAAGACACAAAAUCCAGCCACACCAAUAGCGACAGCACCAAAAGCUACAAGUCUCCCCUCGACUACCACCUCACCAUGCUCGCCACACAAACCCUCGACCUCGUAAAGCCAAUCCCCAUCUCCUCCGGCGCGUGCCGCCUCCUCCCACUCAUAAUGCUUAUAGCCGGAUCUCAACUACGCUUACCUGACAACCUCAACCAUAAUCACCAAAAUGCAACAACCUCAAUCUCAGCAGGAGUAGGAGGGACUUCGGACCACGCCGACCCGGACACCACACAACAACACGAUGACCUUGUUGCAGCACGAUAUCUCGUCGAGCAAAGAAUGCUAGUGCUAUCAAGGAAAUAUGCCCAGAGGCCACAAUUGUGUGCGCUCGAUAUCGUGAAAGAAGUUUGGGAAAGGGCUGAUAACCCUGGAACAGCGAAUGGAAACGCGGGUGGAGGAGGAGGGGCUCACUGGAUCGACGUUGCGCAUGAGAAAUGUUGGCAGACGAUUUUUGGUUGAAGCUUUGGCCACUUGAGCUAGAAAUUCCAGGCGAUUGAUUUGUCGUAUGAAAAUCACUGAACGACAAAUUGAGAUUUGUUCUCAUGCAUUCCCGGGCGUUGGGAAAGCGAGUUUGGAGCGUUCCAUGUCAAUAGAAUGUACGAGAUUUGGCAUACACUCAACAUUUACAUUAGCGAUGUUGUAACAGGCAGCUAAGAGCAACAAAACAUCUUCGAAAAUUUCAGCAGCAACUCCAGCAUUUUCAAGUAAACGCAGAUCAUCGCCUCUCUUCCAAAAUCUCAAGCAGAUUACCACUCCCCCUCCUUCGCCAGAAUAUCCCACCCCAGACAACGCCAAACCUCUUCCUGGAAAUGCUUCGUUACAUCGACUUCUUUGAUCUUCGGCACCGUCAUCGUUGCCUCGCCAGGACCUGGCAUUCUCAGAUACUCUUUGAAUGGGUCGUCCACCACACCUUCCGUGCCAAACAUGCAAUUGACCAGGGUUCUCUGCAGACACUCUUUCGCCGAGAUGGCAAGCGUAUUCUUCGCUGG